AUGGAAAACACUCGCUGCUUUACCAACCGCUUCUCCGACUACAAAGGUGCGCUGCUGCCGGGCCAGGGCGCGCAGGCCGUGGUGCCCGCCGUCGUCGCCACCGUGGACAAAAUCCUCAAAAAGCUUCCCAUCGACAUCAGCGACUGCGACGGAGGGCUGUACGAUGGGCCGGCCGGGGUGGCUUACAUGCUGUAUCACGUCAGCGAGUGCCCGCUGUUCUCCGAGCGCCGGGAGGUCUACCUGAAGACGGCCAAGCAAAUCAUCGACGUGUCGCUCCGGUACGUGGACGUGGAGCCGGACAAGAACAUGCGCGCCGCCUUCCUGCUCGGCGGGGCGGGGAUCUACGCGGUGGCCGCUCUCAUCUACAAAUCCCUGGGUUUGGCUGAUUUCGUUAAGCCGCUGACCAAAUUUCGUAACCUGUGGGAGGUGUGUGCGCCCAUCAAUUUCCUGGAGUGCGGUUCAGACGAGCUGUUCGUGGGGCGGGCUGGGUACCUGUGCGCAGCGCUGGUGCUCAAGCAGAAGCUGGGAAUAGAGAUCCUGAGCAAAGAUCAAAUCAAAUCCAUUUGCCAGGCCAUCAUCGAAUCAGGAAGACAGUAUGCCAGGAGGAAGAGAAAGCCUUUCCCCCUCAUGUAUUCAUAUUAUGGAACAGAGUACCUCGGUGCAGCCCACGGCCUGUCCUCAGUGCUGCAGAUGCUGCUGAGCUACCAGGACGUGCUCAGCGGGCCGGAGAAGGACCUGGUGUGGCAGAGCGUCGACUUCCUCAUGAAUCAGGAGCAGAACUGUAACUGGCCCGCAGAGCUGGGAGCCAUCAUCGAGAGAGAGAACGAACUGGUGCACUGGUGCCACGGAGCCCCCGGUGUGGCUUAUCUGUUUGCAAAAGCCUAUCUGAUCAAUAAGAAGCCUCAGUAUCUGGACACGUGCAUCCGCAGUGGAGAGCUGGUGUGGCAGAAAGGGCUGCUGAAGAAAGGACCUGGGAUCUGUCACGGAGUUGCGGGUAGCGCUUACGUCUUCCUCCUGCUUUAUCGGCUCACAGGCAACUCAAAAUACAUCUACCGUGCUCAGAGGUUUGCAGAGUUUCUCUAUACAGAGGAGUUUAAAGCAGGCUCGCACUCAGUCACCAGCGUCUACAGUCUGUUUGAAGGCCUGUCGGGGACGGUUUGUUUCCUGGUCGACCUCCUGCAGCCCGACCAGUCAGAGUUCCCUCUGUUUAGCGUCUUUGUGUGA